AUGGCAAAAGGUUUGAACGGUCUGAUCCGUCAUCUGGUCGACCAGAUUGCUCUUUGUGGCGAACAUGGAGCGUUACCUCUAGAUUUCAUUGCCCAUGUCGAAGGCUAUUACGCUAAUCCAAUCGAAGACAGUCAGGUUCAAGACUUAGACGAUACUGUUCCUCAUCCUGGCAUUGCUUCCAACGUUGACAGGCCUUUUCUCGAGCAAGUCUGGAAAUGGCUUAUCAAAAAUCCCGACAUCCGGUUAGGAAGCCAUGCCGGGCACAAGAAGCUAACGCUCUCCGAAGUGGAAGCACGCAAUGAUGCCAUCGAGCAAUCUGAGCAGUCGGCCCUCGUCUCUCAGGAAACUAACCUUCCCGACGCUGCUUUCUCCUCACACGUAUCUAACGCUUCAGCAAUACGAGACGGCGAUACUACUCAGACAGCCGAAACAAAAGAUGUUGCGGUUCCCCAACAGUCGAAAUUCGAUCCCGGGAUCCGACUCUACGCGAGCGAGAAUUGCAUGUGGCACGCCUUAGCUGGACAUGGCCCCGACUUCAGCAAAAUUAAGUCUCUCGACUUCGUCUGCCUUUCUAUAAUAGCAGCGUGUGGACCCAAGGGUAUCUUGCAACAUGAUCUCGUCAGAAUCAGUGGCCAGGAUAAGCGUUCUCUCCCAGCCCGAACUGACCGCCUACAUGAUGGUGGGUAUGUCGAGAAAAAGCGUCUGUCUGUUCAAUUGGUCAACCCAAAGAGGAUACUUCAUACGAGCCAAUGCAUUCUGAAGCGCUUCGUCAACAGUGAUUUGGAUCAGAAAAAGCAGACAAGCGAUCCAGGCCCCUCAUCAGCAGGAAAAGGGAAGCGCGUGAACAAAAAGGGUCAGCGAGACCAAGAUAGACAGGCACCAGGAGAAUCAUCUUCAACAGUCGCCCCUGAAAGCGUGGCAGGAGAUAUCGCUUUUUCAGGUAGUCGGACAGUCCCUUCAUGGACAGCUGAUCGAUCCAUCAACAACCAAAUUUUUGAGCUUGUCGAUCGGGCUGGCAUCAAAGGCAUGAGUAUGACUGAGAUUAGGCAUAAUCUGAUGGGCGACCAUGUCAGAAAACCUCUGGACGACUACGUCUCGCGGGUGGCGGAUUCCUGGCAAGUAUCACAGCCCCUACAUCUUCGUCACUUAUCUAUCGUGCGAGACACCGUUCUCAAGGGCAAGACUCAAAUCUACAUCUACUACACAUAUGAAAAUUUCAACAAGCUUGUUGAUGGCGGUACAGGCUUCUGGGAAGCAGUAAAAACCGUCGCCAGCGAUGUGACGAUAGGCAAGAACGUCGCUGCUGCAUUAGACGCUAAACCUGACGUGGAUGAGUAUGGUUUCCCGAGACUCGAAGAAAACCAGUUUCAAGGGCGCCAGAAUGAUGCUACUCUUGAAGAAUGUGUCUCAGCACUCAAAGUCGACCCUCUGCACAUCUCUGCUACUGACCCUGUCUUCAGCAAGAAGGCUGAUGGCAGUCAUGGUAUCCGAUACAAAAGCCACCAGCGACACCCUGUUACUAUUGGUAAUGGAUCUACUCCCAAGAAAGCGGCGUCCACGCCUUCUCAGGCUGCGCCAAUCAAAGCACGAGCAAUGAAACCCCAAAAGGUAGCGCUGUCAACGACGUCCGAUACUGUAUCAACCAAGAAACAGGCGACUGAGCCCGAAAGGGUAGCGGUGUCCAAGCUCCCUGGUGUGGUACCAGCCAAGGGACAAGCAACUGGAUUCCAGACUCCAAGGCGUAAGCCUGUCAGAGAAUCGAAUUCAAAGCCAUUGGGCCGGCCGCGCAAGUAUCCCAAGACCGGCAUCCCGGCCAACUUUGAUACCAUGACCUCAGACGAAGUCGACUACUUAUUUCACUCGCAAGCAAUGUUCGAGAAGUACGAGAUCGUCAAGGUUGAAAAGGAAAUCCUUCGGCGCAUUGAAGAUGGAGAAGACGCUAUGGUAGCCGCCUAUGAAGUGCUGGCGGAGAGGGAUGACUCACGCAAGCAAGAGGGAGAAUUGCCACUUCCAAAGUCUUCAAGAGCCCGAGUACUUCACAACUUUGCUGGGGAGCCAAUGCCAGAACCAGACCCAGACGAAGCAAAACCCAAGGGUAGACAUUGGAAGGACACUCGAUACCGGCCUUCGAUGGCUGCCCAUACUCAUUUUGUCCCAGCAUGGCGGAAGCAUGCCCACCUAGAGCCAAAAGGUAAAGAUCGAGAAGAAGGACCUCCAAUCCUUCCAACUCGGACACGGGGACGUGGGCAGCGCGUGUCGAACCAGGAAUCUAUGGUUUAUCUCCCGUCCGUAGCUGCACAUUCUUGGCCGUAUGUUCGCCCACCCUCCUUAGCAAUGGAGAUUUCGACCGCACACACUUUGCAGAAUAAUGUCAAGCGUAAGCAAGCCCGACCCGCAAAACCAAAGCGACUAUUGGACCCUCAUUUCAAAUUUCUGCCCUCAAUCGCUGCCCACUCAGGCUCGUUUCUGCCACCAGAUAUGUCGUCCACAGCUAAAGCAGGACAAAAGCGGAAACGAACAGCGAACGUCCCAUUGGAGAACGGCGAGGAACAUACAAUGCCUCUUCAGUACAAAUAUUUGCCCUCGAUUGCUGCCCACUCGGGCUCUUUUCUGCCACAAGAUGAGCUACACAUAUUCAGAGCAGGACAGAAGCGGAAACGUACUGCGCACAUGUUAUCACAACACGACGAGCACCUUCCAACACCAAUUACCUCUUCAGCAGUGGCACAAAAACUCGUUACUGUGCCCGCACGAGAAGCAUCGCUGGGAACAUCAAACAUGCAGCUCAAUGCCCGUAAUGAAGGGAUGUACCCCGGCUGGGAGAAGUUCAUGUCAAAACACUACCAACACCAAUUGGAAGCCAUCACAAGAUCCAAUGCCGGUGUCUUUAUCGGUAAGACGACUCCUCGGAGGAAGAGGCCUUGUGAACCUCGAGACUUUCGGCCUAUGCAUUUCAAGCUUGCUGUCUUCAAAUCCACAAGGUUGAGCAAAUUGGACUGGUACGUGAAGCCAACCACAGCCUCUGAGCAGAUGUUUUGCCUAGGAAGCAGAACGCAGACGCCGACAUCACGGGUUGCAGAGCCAGCCCCUAUACCAUAUACCCAACCUGAAGGCCAGCCAGAUCUAUCAAGGUCGACAUUCUUGCCAUCGCCUGUCUCUUCUCACCCCGCCACUCAGCCAAUCCUGUACGCUGAUACUGCUGGAACGAAGAGAAAGCGCACAGCAUCUCCGCAGCCUACUCGUGGCGCAGCUCCAUUUGAUCCUUUCUCUGCAAGUCCGUAUAGUAGACACUCGUCACCGACUAUGGAAUCUUCUAAACCCAUCAGCAAACCGAGCACACCUCUAGAAAUGGCAGCACCGUCGCCAAGCGUUGACCAAGUAUACGGAAAAUCACCCAUCGAAAAUGAAGCGCGUAGUCGUACGCCAGAAAGGCAACCAGAUAUGAAAGAGUCGAGCGAUUUGAGUUCAAGUGGUUCUGUACUUGACGACUCUAAAACCACGCAGAGCGAAGUUGCCACAAUUCAGGCCGUACAAUCAUCUCAGUCUUCUACCCUGGAAGCCAGCAAGCCUUCGAAUAAGCAGUCAAUCAAUAAGGUAAGCAGGCAAGGAGGUUCCACCGCAAUGUUACGGAAAAAUAUCAUAAUGGACAUCGUAAACAAAUGCGAAGGUGUCUUCCCUAGUCAUAAAGAGAUGAGUUCGCCUUUCGCCAGUGAAUGGAAACGGAGAGGGCAAGAAGGAACGCCAGAGGCAAAAACUAUAAGCAAUGCUGUCAAUGCAUUGAUCAAAGAGAACAAACUUCGACAGAUCACCUUCGCCUCUCAGACCAGACAGGGAGUUACUGUCACCAAGAGUAUGCUCGUCUUGCCAACUAUUGACACUACCGACCCCAAAGUCAAAGAGACCCAGACAAACAUGGUGGCUUACCACCCCAGAUACUUUGUUCCCAUGGCUGUCUUGCCACCACAAGGUUUUUCGAGUAUAAAAAUUCCCGAAAACAAGACUGACAGCGAAGAAACUUCAGACAAGAUGACUGAGGAACCAGUACAAGACUCGUCUGCACCGGAGUCUGCGGGACUGCGCCGACUGGACCUCGCCAAGAAGAUGAUGGAUGGGAAAGAGAGAGUUGCCGUAGCUAGGCUGAAAGCAUUGAAAGAACAAGAUCAGCAGGAGCUUGGACACGCUGAUGGUGACGAGCCUAUUACCGAACCCUUUAUCCAGCGAGCCACCACAAACACGGCUCACGCCGCACCCGGUCUUGGUAGAAAGGUCCUGCCAAAACCUACUGCAAACCGCUCAAGCAGAAGGAGAGGCCAAAAGCGUGUCGAGCGUCUGGCCAGCAUCAAGAAACCUGUACGACCACAGGUAAAUUCUUUGCCAACUAUACCCGUCAACCCAGCCAGCAAUCCAUUUUCAUUGAUAUGGUUGCCAUCAAACUAUGCUUUCUCAGACUUCAACUUUGAGGAACAAAGACCCACGGUCCUGAUGGCAGCGGCCGAAAAUGAUGUGCAAAUCGGCACACCAGAAGCCCCAAUACCUCUCGAUCUUAGCGAACACGCCAGACAACGCAUGCGAAAGAUGGCAGAAAAUGCUGCCCGAAUUGAACGCAAGCAAGCGCUGGCUAACUCGACCAGGUCUUCCUUGCUGUACACCGAUUCCAAUCCUGGUCUAUUCGAAUCUUCACAUGCACCAAUUCGUCCAACCUUUCCUCCACGGCAGGCUCCAACAUCCAGAAGUGCUGCUUUGAUUACUGCUGGACCAAGAAAUCAACCUUUCCCGUACACUCCACCAUACGCUGGGGAGGCCAAUUUCAAUAGGACUGUGCGGCCAGGAGAUGAUCUAGGAUUGAAACAAAUUGGUCUAGAGGAGAUGAGAGAAGUGCCUCCGACUUCGAGUACUACGCGGCGUGGGAGUCUAAGCACAACAGCAUCUCCGUCACCCGAAUUGCCCUUAUCUCGUGUCUCUGGGUGGCCAGUAGCUGCUCAUGCGGAAGGUUCUGCAACCUCGUAUCAGGAGAGGGUUCUACUCGUCAGCUUCAUGGAUCCCGCCCACUACUUCUACCGCGCCACUGGCACAUUUUCGGUAACCUUCUCUGGGCUUCGACCUCCUCGGAAGAUCUUUGCGUAUCGCGGUACGGCUUUAGACCCGUAUGCUGCAAGCCUCAAAACCGUACACCCACAUAGCUCACAUCGUAGGAGUACCCGGCCGCUAUCGCUGCAGGACUCGCAAAAAAUAGAAAAGACGCCGUUCGACGAAGAAGUAGAUCGUUUGUUGAGGCGGGAGCUUGAAGCAAAUGAGGUAAACAACGUUGUCCUCGUGGGCUGGCCAUUUGUGAACCAUGUGUUUUCACAUACUCAUAAAACUGUCGAAGUGGUCAAGGCUGAUAUGGAAGCUGCAAAGCAAGUCACCGUCCGCCUCAAGGAUGGCCACCUCAUGUCCAGGCCGUUCCCCAGGAACAGUGGCUUCAGACCCAGGAUAGUACACAGCAUAUUCAGCACCGGUAGUAGAGGCAUUGAUCCCGCGGCAGCUGAAACUCGGACACCGCUCAAGCGCCGCCGCUUAACAUCUUUAGCGGAAAUUGGGACUCCAGACCAGGCCUCCAAACAAGUGGAAUUGGAUCAAGAACACCGACCCACUAAGCUACGUAGGGUACGUGGGCCGCGUCAAGCGAAGUCUCUCGGCGAGAAUGGCGAAGAACGCCUACUCACUGCCGUUAUGGUUAUCCGGGCGCUGACAGGAGGGCUUGACAAACGCAUUGACUGGGUACUGGUCGCUAAAGUUUUCGAGCCAACAUACACUCAAAUGUUUGUUCACAGCCGGUGGAGUCUCACGCUGCAAAAGUAUAAGCUUUUUUUGCCCAAGAUGGAGUCAGACUUCCAGAGCAUCUUUGCAAGCGCAUACGAGGAGGGUAUAGUGCCCGCCAUUGACUAUGACAAUUUGGAAGACUACGACUGGAAGUGGCUUGUCGAAUGGACAAUGGCCAACGUAAACACACCUACCCAGUCGUUACCGGAACUUCCAGUGGAGCGAUCUGAGUUUGAUGGUUUAUACACGCUGAACGAGAGAUACCACAACGAGAUCAAUGAAUAUUACGAGAUCGACGGCUCUUCCGUCUUAGCCAGAAGAACAAAGAUUGUGCAUAGAGACCCCUAUGUCUUGCCUCUAAUUCGAGAACGACAAGGUGCUCGACCAGAAGAUGCAGAAGAUUUCAUAACCGCAAAAUCCUGGAUCCGUGCCAACAUCAUGACGCCCGAGUCCACCUACAAUCCUUCUGUGGCCCGUGCCAAGCUCUCGACGUUCCCGGAUCGCACUGUCGAGGAUGCACUCAAACAGCUACUCUUUGAUCGUGUCCUCGCUCAAGAAAACAAAGGCCGCCUUAUUCCCGGCCGCAACUACGACAUUAGCGAUUUUCUCGUCUCCCGUUUCAAGAAGAAUCUGCAAUCUGCUCAUUUCCACCAAGCGGCAACUUACAAGCAGCAACUCGAUCAUGACUUUGGGGAGAAAGGGUUUGCCAAUUACUCACACGCCGCUGACGACGGCGACAUGAUCGUUAUUGUCAACCUCCUCGCGCAUCAACGCAUCACAAUCGUGCCAAUUGAUGUACCGAUGAAUAAGUGGGGCCAGACUGAUGGUGGCUAUGAGACUCGGCAGAUGGAUAAACGGCGGUUGAAUUUCAGUCUCGAGCUCCGGCCUUCGCCUGCCUACAUCUAUGGGAACCCGCUGCCUCCUCUUCCGACGCCACCGUCUCAGCACCUGCAAGAUCCGAUGGCAAAGAUCCCACUGUGGUACGAUAUUCAUGGCUCGCUCGUGCCCGUGAUGUGGGAGAUGGCUCUUGCGGCAGUCGUGGCUGUGCUGGUAGUAAGACCUGGUGUUGGGGCUUCGGAGUUAGAGAAAGUGAUGAGACCGGCUAUGGAUAUUUGGGAGCUGCAAGAGAUCCUUGAAUGGCUGGUCAAUGCAAAAGCCGCGAAACGAGUCGGCCAAGGGUUCAGUGUCGAGGAUGAGUGGUGGUGGUUGGCUUUGGGGACUGGUGGGAACAGUGAGGAGCGGUCAGGUGAAGAUGUGGGAGACGAAAAGGGAGGCGAGAAAGGAGAUGGAAAGGAAAAUGGAAAAGAGAGAGAAGGGGAGAAUGUCCAAGACGUGAUCACGAUGGAACUUGACGGAACGAUUGAGAAUGUUUUAUGCUAA